GAGCCAUAUUUCUCGGGGCAAUGCCCCUGGCACCUCCCACUCCGUCUCCAGCCGGAUCUCUAGCUCCUCGCCACGGUUCCUGCAGGGGCCACGAAACCACCGAAAUCCCAGCGCAGAUCACUCGCCCGCCUGCUCAGCUGCUCCCAACCGACACCGCAACAAACCCCAGCUCUCCUCGUCGCUGUCUGUUCCUUCACACUAGAAUCUCCUCCGCUUAAGAGCAGGACCCAUCUAUAUAUCCAUCGGUAAGCAGUAGGCUAACUGCUUAGCAGCUAGGUUGCCCAAGAGGGUGAUGAGGUCCAUGGAGAGCACGGACUCGUCGUCCGGCUCGGCGCCACCGCAGCAGCAGAAGAAGAAGCAGCCGGGCUCGGCGCCGGAUCUCCCGCCGGGGUUCCGGUUCCACCCGACGGACGAGGAGCUGAUCGUCCACUACCUCAAGAAGAAGGCCGCCACCGUGUCCCUCCCCACGACCAUCAUCGCCGAGGUCGACCUAUACAAGUUCGACCCUUGGGAGCUCCCUGAGAAAGCGAGCUUCGGGGAGCACGAGUGGUACUUCUUCAGCCCGAGGGAUCGCAAGUACCCGAACGGUGCACGGCCGAAUCGGGCGGCGACGUCCGGGUACUGGAAGGCGACCGGCACCGACAAGCCCAUCAUGUCGUCGGGCGGCAGCCGCGAGAGGGUCGGGGUGAAGAAGGCGCUCGUGUUCUACCGCGGGAAGCCACCCAAGGGCCUCAAGACUAACUGGAUCAUGCACGAGUACCGUCUCACGGACGCGGCAAACUCCACCACCACCAGCCGCCCGCCGCUUGGCACCGGCGGAGGCAAGGCUACCUCUCUCAGGCUUGACGACUGGGUGUUGUGCCGCAUCUACAAGAAGUGCAGCAAGCUUGGAGUCAGCGAUCAGCAGAGAAGCUUGGAGUGCGAGGACUCUGUGGAGGACGCGGUGGCCGCGUACCCGCCGCAUGCCGCGGCUGCCAUGGCCGUCGCAGGCGGCGGAGGGGCGCAUGGCGGAAACUACACUUCACUAGCCCAUCACGACGGCCACGAGGACAACUUCCUGAACGGGCUGCUCACUGCAGAGGACGCCUGGCUCUCGGCAAGCGCCAGCUCCCUGAGCCAGCUAGCCGCGGCGGCGAGAGAGACGCCAUCUGCCACCAAGCAGCUCCUCGCUCGCUCCUCUACUCCAUUCAACUGGCUCGACGCGUCAGCAAUUGCAAUUCUUCCACCGGCCAAGAGGUUCCAUGGGUAUAGCAGGGACACCGCCACUGAUGGCAGUAUGUUCCUGUCUUCACCGGCGGAGAGGAACCAACUGGCUGCUGCUGCCGCUGGUGCCGUCGACACUGGCGCCAGCGGUGGCACUAAUGCCAUACCUACGUUCUUCAAUCCUCUCGGCGUGCAAGGUGCGACUUACCAUCACCAUGCCAUCCUCGGCACACCGCUGGCGCCGGAAGCAGCUGCCGGAGCCGCCACCAGCACUUUGAAGAAUCCGUACCAGCUCUCCGGCGUGAACUGGAACCCGUGAAUCAGUGAUACCACAUUGCAUAUGGGCAUGCAUUGAUGCAUGGCUGGCUUUUCGGGUAGUCAACAUUACUAGCCAGUAGUCGUUGUAGUGGUAGUCUCAUUCAGUGAGCACUCAGUACUAGCAUGCACAGGACACUUGCAUGCAUAUAGGCUGCAUUGGGCAUUGCCCUCAGGACCUCGUACUGGUAAGGACUAGCUAAGCAACCUAGCUAGCCUGGCCAUAUUUGAAACCAAAAAAUAAAAUCUAGCCAAUACAUAGAUACGAUUUUAGCUCCCUGCAUCUAUAGUUUGGAGACUAAGCAUAUAAUAAUUUUGUGUGUAUGCAGUUGAUGGCAUCCUAGUCAGAUAAUUAACUGCUUUACUACGGUCAUGUAAUUAAUAAGAAAAAAAAAGUAGGGCAUGGUCAUCGCAUGCAUGCAGAUAUAUGGUUGAUCCAUAUGCAUGCAUGUAAAAUGUUCAUACUAGCUAGUGAUUACAUACGUAAUUACAUAUAGCAUUCCCUAAUUGAGCUGCAGUUGUAUAUACCAUAUUGCAAUGGCUUAUUAAUUGCUAGCUAGAUAACAUGGCACAUCAUUAUUACCUAGGCACCCUACAUAUGCAUAAGCUAGCUAAUCAUUGGAAUGUGUGUAUAUAUAGAGGAGUUCUAAAUGGCUAGACCAUUUGCCCUA